GGACUUGAUAAAAAUGAUACUAAUUAUUGUGAAGCGAACCACAAAGUUACUAAUUACGCCUCGGCUCUGGAUACGUUCAUGACUCUUUUUAGAAUUUGUAUGAAUGGAAUGGAUUAUGAAGAAUUCGGCUGCACAAAUUAUGAACCUCUUGCCAAAACACUUUUUGUUCUUAUGAUGUUUAUUAUGCCUAUAAUGAUGACCAACAUCCUUAUUGCAAUGAUGGGGACAACCUAUACUAAUAUUAUAAGCCAAGCAGAAAUGGCUUGGAGACAGCAAGUUGGAAUUAUUUAAAUAAUUUUAAAGUUC